UUUUAUUGCAAAACGCAUUUAAAAACAAGUAGCAAACCGUCGGUUGCUGCUUUAUUGUUCGCAUAAACAAAUCUCACUUCAUGCUGAUAAGUAGUUCAUUAUCAGAGAUGCUCGUUUGCUACAAAAAAGUAAAAUAACAACCAACGAAAGCAGCAAUAAUAAAUAUACUGCAUUGAACUUCGACUCGAAGAGAACACGAACUUUGUCACUUCAACACACACACGCACAUACAUACGUAUGCAGUCGAAAGCGUCAGUCGUCGAUGUGGAUGUGAAUCAAUAACCAAAUUCCAGCAACAACAACAACAAAAACAACGACGACGACACCAAUCUGAUAGAUAUUUACAGCGUCAGUUUUGGGUGUCUGCACUUGCACAAGUUAAUUAGCAAUUUUAGUUGAGAGUUAACCAUGGCCAGCAUUGAGGAACGUUUCCAGGCCGCCGUUAAUGUGAUCAAAGGAUUACCCAAAAAUGGACCCUAUCAGCCCAGCAUGAGCAUGAUGCUCAAGUUCUAUGGCCUGUUCAAGCAGGCAUCGGAGGGCGAUUGUUCACCCAAGAAGCCGGCCUUUUGGGAUGUGGUGGGCCGCGCCAAAUGGGACGCCUGGAAUAGCAAUCGGCACUUGACCAAGGAGCAGGCGAUGCAGCGCUAUGUGGAGAGUCUGCAGGAGAUAAUUGAGACGAUGUCAUUUACCGAGAAUGUGCAGAACUUUGUUGGCAGCCUCGACGGCCUGACCAACAUCAACCUGGAUGAACUGGAUCUGGUGUCGCCCGGCAUGCGUGAGCUAGCCGAAUCGCAUCCCAAUUCGCCAUUCCAUUCGCGCACAAACAGUCCGCAGCAUGGCAACAGUGCAAAUGGCAUUGAAGUUGCAGCUGGGAACACGCCCCCAACUGCCGCGUCCACCGAGACCUUAACUAAUGGCCACACAACGCCACUGACCAAUGGCUUUACGAGCAUGAAGGCAAGCAAUGGCUACUCGCCGCUUGAUUCGAGCAACAAUAACAACUACACAAACAACAGCAGCGUGGCCAUUGUGGAGCCAUCCGACGAUGAGUACGACGAUCCCUAUGAAACGAUGCUGCCCCAAGAGCUAACCCAAGCCAUUACGCACAAUACGGAUUUGCUGCGACAAAUCCAGAGCACAGUGGCGAGCAUGAACAGCGACAUGGCUGCAGUGCAGCAGCGUGUGAACAGCAUGGAGCAAACGUUGCUGGAGCUGCGCAAUGCCCAGAAAGUGCAAGCGAAGAGCGGACGUCAGCAGCAGCAGCAGCCGGCCUGGUGGCCAUUCAAGGAUAUUUCGCCAGUGUGGUUUGCAAUGUUGGUGCUGUGGCCGUUCGUGGUGCGACGGUUGGCGCGAAUGGUGGAGAGCAAACGCCGCUGACGGCGCAUUAAACUAGCUUAAUUGGUAUGGUAGUUAAAUUAUAUUCACGGUUAUGGGCACGAGCUUUGUGUGGCUUGAUUUUUUUCUCGAAUGCUUUGCACAUCCUGUACAGAGUUGGCCUUGUAUUUAGUUUCUUAAGAUUUAACCAGUUGCAAUAUGUAUAUUUUAUAU